GAUGGGGACCCAAGACUCAUUCACCCGAGAGACUUGGAUCUGAUCCAGUCGGUCCCAUCAGUGGACCUCCUGAACAUGAAGGCCCCACCACGUGUCCUCACCCUCACAGAACAGCCUCUGGACUCUCUUGAAACGGACCAAACCAACAACUCUCAGAGUAAUUCCAGCCAAGCGGCCAGUUUUCACGCUCGAUCUCGCAGGGAGCGCAGUGUGAGCGAGAACACGUCUGGUCGCCACAGCAGUCAGGUCAGCCGGGGGGACUUGAGCAUAACCCCCUCCUCGCCUGCACCGGUCCGCCUGUGUCCUCCCCUCUGCUCCCCUGAAGAUGCAAACAUCAACCUGUUUACAGCUGCUGGCUUCCUGUCUUACAUGCAGUCAACAACUCGCCGUGCGUACAUGCAGGUCCUGGAAAUCCUGGAUGAUGGCCACCGCAGAACUCACCUGGACUUGGCUCUGGAUGUGAACCCAGAUGAAUCUGGUCUAGUGGAUGCAUCAUCCCUGCGACGUCAGAUUUUGAAGCUCAACAGGCGUUUGCAGCUACUGGAAGAAGAGAACAAAGAGCGCUCCAAACGAGAGGUGGUCCUGUAUUCUGCCACUGUGGCGUUCUGGCUCAUCAACACCUGGAUCUGGUUACGUCGCUGAAACUGAACAGAACAAGUCCCCAAAACACUGGAAGCUGAAAGCAAAUCCUUGUUGAGUCUUUUUCAACUCCUGAGCUUAGUCAGGGCAACAUUCAUAAGUCACAGAAAUCCUCCAGAACGCAAACUGUGUUUGGGAUUGAUGUACUGGUUUUAAGUCAUUAAUCAGGGAGGACCUGAAGCAUUGUUUACUGUUAAUGUUAUGUAGAUUCACACUUCUUUGUGGUCACAUGAGCAAACUCUGAGCAGCAGUGGACACAYUUAAAAAUCGCUCCAGUAAAUCCUGGUGUUUAGUCAGAUAUGUGUCUAUGUCUGAGGCUGUGUUAAAUCCUCUUCACACUGCCUACUAGUGUCACAAUUCAAAGUACUGCAACAGUCAGGUAGUAAAUAAGUCUCAUUACCUGAGCUCUGCUUCAAUUCUCCGAUUCAGUGAUUUCAUUAGGUUUUCAUGUUCCGCAGAAGCCCGUUAAAAUAAUAUAACCUAUGUAUUCAAACCAGGUGUGUUGGAGCAGAGAAACAAGUAAAACCUGCAGGAUGGUGGCCCUCCAGGACCAGGACUGGACACCCCUGCCUUAAAACAUUCAGUUUAUUAGCACAGGAGGUCCUUCUCCACGUGAGAACAUCAUGACAAGUCCUGAUCUCACAGUGGUUUUCUCAAAAACAGGAAAGUACACACAAAAAGAUCUUUUCUUGUUUGUUUAUUUAUUAGCAGCUCUGAUUUGAUGAGUUUUUCUGUUGAAUAGAAAUUAAGAUCAUAUUUGAUUUUUUUUCUCUUGUUAAAGUGCAGGUUAGUUUUACAUUUUGUCUAUUUAUGCAAAUAUAAGUUAUUUUUUAAAAUACGAUCUGUUUUUCAUUCUUAGGUGAAAGCUGGUAGACAAAAUCAAAUCAGACUGUUUCUCUCCACCUCACAAAAAGCACUGAUGAUUUACAGCCCUAACAUUCCUGCAACAAAGAGUCAGUAAAAAAAACUGAAUUUGACCGCAGGAACAGGCAGUUUAAAGGGCCUCUGACAUGCUUAUCCUUUAAAUACAAAAAGUCAAAGAAUUUAUAUUUAAGGUUAGCAUAAUACACAUMAUUUUACCCA